AUGUCACGAAAACAACUCCGUGAUUUUGAUAUUUUGGAAUUGCUUGGUGACGGCCAAGACUCAGAUUUAUCAUCUUUAUCUGGUGAUGAUGAUGAUAACGUAGAAGAAGAAAAUAUAUUUCCUACAUCAGAACUAGACCGACUUUUAAAUGAUUUUACACAUUUAAACGAUGAUGAUGGCAAUGAAUUGUUUCCCGAUUUAUUUGAUGUUGAUAUUCCUACUGGUGACGAUGAAAUAACUGAGGGCACUUCUACAUCCCACCCAACUCAAAAUACUGAUUUUUUCAUUCCAUUUCAAACACCUACUAUAUCACCUAUGCUAAAUUUACCAUAUGUUGACAAAAAAGAUAUUAAGUGGGAUAUGAAACCAUUGGUAUGUAAUGAAAUUGACAUCCAAGAACCAGUGCCUGAACUAUCUACUAUUUAUAAAACAUUAAAUCCAUUGGAUUAUUUCAUGAAUUAUUUUCCUGAAGGAGAGUUUGAGAAAAUGGCUAAAUAUACUAAUAUUUAUGCCAAACAAAAAAAUAAAUUAGAUUUUCAUGAUACAACCUCCUCAGAAAUGAAAGUAUUUGUGGGAGUUCAUUUACUGAUCGGUUGUUUGAAACAUACAAGAAUUAGGUUAUAUUGGACAAGUGAUUUUAGAGUAAAUUUAAUUGCUGAUAGUAUUUCAAGAAACCGUUUUUUUGAGCUACGGUCUUAUUUUCAUGUUAUAAAUAAUGAUGAAAUACCUGUCAACAAUGAAGAUAAGUUUAUUAAAAUAAGACCUCUUUAUGAUUCAUUUCUCAAACACUGUAAAACAUUACCCAAAAACACAAAUCUGUCCAUUGAUGAACAAAUAAUAAAAUUUAAAGGAAAGCUGGGAAUAAAGCAAUAUAUGAAGGGCAAACCUUGCCCUUGGGGUAUAAAAAUUUUUUUAUUAUGUUCUUCAAAAGGAAUGGUCUAUGACAUGCUUUUAUACCAAGGAAAAUCAACAGAAAUUGACCCUAAUUUUCUUAAAAAGUAUGGUUUAGGCACAUCUGUUGUGUUAAAAUUAGUUGAAAGCCUUGAAAAAAAUAAACAUUUUUUAUUUUUUGAUAAUUUCUUUAGUUCAUACAAUUUAUUUAACUCACUAGACUAUUUAGGAAUAAAAGCAACAGGUACAAUACGGUUAAAUCGCUUUCCUAAAGUCCCAAUUAUAAGUGAUAAAGACCUAACUAAAUUAGGAAGAGGUUCUUCAUAUGAGGUUAGUUCUAAAGACAAUAAAAUUGGUAUAAUCAAAUGGUGUGAUAAUAAAAUUGUUUGUCUUGGUUCUAAUUAUGUUACAUCAGGAACACCAGACAUAGUUAAGCGUUUCGAUAAAAAAGAAAAAAGAUAUAUUGAAAUAAGUAGACCUGAAAUAGUUAGACUAUAUAAUAACUCCAUGGGAGGUGUAGACCUCCAUGACCAACUUAUUAGUUAUUACAGAAUUUUUCUUAAAUCCAAAAAGUGGACAUUGAGAUUACUUUUUCAUGCUUUUGAUAUGGCAACUACUAAUUCAUGGCUACAAUACAUAAUUGAUUGUGAAGCUUUAAAAGUUCCAAAAAAAAAUACCUUAGAUCUUUUAUCAUUCAAACAUAUUUUAGCUGAAUCACUUAUACAAUUAGGUAAUUCAGUAUUGACUCCGACAAGGAAACGUGGACGUCCUUCAUCAUCCCCAAAACCUGAUGUUCCCAAGCCCCCAAAAAAGCAUCGUAAAGUAGAUUCAAAAAACCCCCCAUUACAAAUUAUAAAAGAUAGAAUUGAUCACUUUGCUUUUAUCGAUAAUCUAAGAGAUGGAACAUUAUGUAAACAUAUAGGGUGUACAAUGAGAACACAUAUUAUGUGUAAAAAAUGUAAUGUUCAUUUAUGUUUGACCAAAGAUAGGAAUUGUUUUUAUGAUUUCCAUACUUAG